AUGCCCUCCAACCCUCUCGACCCCGAAAUCACCUCCGUCCUAACCUCGCUCUCCCUUGAGCAAAAAUGCGCCCUCCUCUCUGGCGCAAACAUGUGGACCACCACGCCUCUCCCCUCGCACGGCAUCACCCCCCUAAAAACAACCGACGGUCCCGCGGGCGUGCGCGGCGCCAAAUGGACAUCCGGAAGCCGCACAACGUUUAUCCCCUGCGGCAUCUCACUGGCAGCAACAUUCGACCGGGAAAUACUACGGUCAAUCGGCAAAGUGCUCGGCUCCGAGACAAAGAGUAAAAACGCACACGUCCUCCUCGCACCAACAAUGAAUCUCAGCCGCUCUCCCUUUGGCGGGAGGAACUUUGAGAAUUUCGGCGAGGACCCGUUCCUCACGGGCACUCUCGCCGCCGAGUUUAUCGCCGGUGUCCAGAGUAUCUCCCGCGUCGGCGCCUGCAUGAAACACUUUGUCGGCAACGAGCAGGAAACGCGCCGCUUCAACAUGGACGAGGCCAUUGACGAGCGCACGCUGCGCGAGAUGUACCUGCGGCCCUUUGAGAUUGCGCUGCGCGCGGAUCCCUGGACGGUUAUGACGGCGUAUCCGAAGAUCAACGGGGUGCAUGCGGACUGCAGUGGGGAUCUUGUGAGGAAGGUUUUGAGGGAGGAGUGGGGGUUCCGAGGGCUGGUGAUGAGUGACUGGGGUGGGUUGAAUGAUACUGUGGGUAGUAUACUGGCGACAACGGAUUUGGAGAUGCCGGGGCCCGCUUUUAGAUAUGGACCGAAGCUUGAAGAGGCGGUUCUGAGCGGAGAUGUUGAAUUGGAGAUUGUUGAUGAGUCUGUUCGGCGGGUUCUAGCGACGCUGAAGAGGGCGGGCUGUCUGAGCACGAGGGACGACGGGUUACCCGAGACAAGCUCAAUGAGCAGUGGUUGCAGUGUCAUGGAGCAUGAACAGACUGUCGACAGACCAGAGUUCCGAGCCACGGCGCGCUCAGCCGCAGCAGAUGGCAUCGUCCUGCUCAAAAACGAACAGCAAAUCCUCCCUCUACGACCACCGAGGCUACGCAGACUCGCCAUCAUCGGACCAAACGCAAAAAUGCCGACAGCUGGCGGCACAGGGAGUGCGGUGGUGAACCCUUACUACGUGACAAAUCCCUACGACUCCCUGGUCGGGGCUGUGAAGGCCCAGAACCCAGACGUCGAGAUCGUCUACGCGCAGGGCAUACUGACCCAUCUCAAUCUGCCGCUGAUGGGCAGCAUGAUUCGGAGACCCGAUGGGCCAUCAUCACCGCAAGGCCUGCAAGUCGACUUCUACCAAGGCCACGAAUUCGCAGGCGACGUCGUCGCCACAACAUUCUGGCAAGACUCGAUGGUCUACCUGAUGAGCGACGGCGACAUUCCCGGGGAGCUCCAGGGGAGACCAUUCUGUUUCCGCGCGCAUGGCACCUUCACAGCCACAGUUAUUGGAACAUACGACCUCAGCCUAACCAACACGGGCAAAGCCAAGCUUUUCAUCAACGAGACCCUUUUGAUCGACAACACCGAGUGGACGCAGAUCUGCGCACACUUCAUGAACUGCAGCAGUCCCGAGAAACGGGCCACGAUGCACCUCGUCGCAAGCGAGACGUACACCCUCCGCAUCGACAACGUCGUCGUCCCGCCGCCAACAAGACCGCACGAUAAUACUCUCUUCCACCGCAUCGCGGGCGUCCAGGUUGGAAUGCUUAUCCGGCACAACGAAGAGGAUAUGUUUGCUGCCGCGGUCGACACCGCGAAGGAAGCAGACACGGUCGUUCUCGUAGUCGGCCACAACAACGAUACGGAGCGCGAGGGCUGCGAUCGGACCUCGCUCUCCCUCCCAGGCCGAACAGACGAGCUUAUCCAGACCAUCGCAUCGACAAACCCCAACACUGUCGUCGUCACGCAGUCCGCCUGUGCAAUCGCCAUGCCCUGGGCCGACGACGUUCCCGCAAUCGUGCACGCGUGGUACCAGGGCCAGGAAAACGGGAACGCGCUCGCGGAUGUGCUCCUCGGGACGGUGAAUCCAUCUGGGAAACUGCCCGUGACGUUUCCGCGCCGGAUCCAGGAUCACGGGUCGCAUCCGUGGUUUCCCGGAAACGCAGAGACGGAUCAAGCGGUGUACGGUGAGGGCGUGCUGGUGGGGUAUCGGUGGUUUGACGCAAAGGAGCUGCAGCCGUUGUGGCCGUUUGGGUUUGGGCUUUCGUAUACGAAGCUUGAGAUUGGUGAGGUUGAGGUAUGCGGGUGUGUGGUUGUUGGCGAGGAUGGGUCGAGUGCUGCUGCUGCGCGUGUCUCGGCUGUUGUUAGAAAUACGGGAGGAUGCUUUGGGAAGGAGGUGGUGCAGGUGUAUGUCUCCUCGUCGGAUGCGGUUCCUGAGGACCAGAGGGUUGUCAAGGGGCUGGCUGGCUUUGAGAAGGUUGGCCUAGCCGCUGGGGAGCAGAAGCACGUUCAGAUUGAACUCGAUUCAGCUGCAUUUGAGUGGUAUGACAUCAAAGUUCCCGGAUGGAGGUUGGACCCAGGAACUUACCAAUGCUUUGUUGGGAGCAGUUCACGGGAUAUCUGGGCCACAGUAGAUAUUGUGGUUAUGCAGGCAUACAAGGUAUAG